AUGGCGGCGGCGGCGGCGGCGGCGGCCGUGGCGGGGGCGGGGGCGGGGCGCGGCGGCGCGGCGGAGCCCCGGCAGGAGCGGGGCCGGGGCCGGGGCUGGACCGGCGCGGAGCGCGGCGAGGGCCGGAGGAUGGAGCCUGGCGAGGAGCCCGAGGAGGAGGACUCCCCCGGCGGCCGGGAGGACGGCUUCACCGCCGAGCACCUGGCCGCGGAGGCCAUGGCGGCCGACAUGGACCCCUGGCUGGUGUUUGACGCCCGGACCACCCCUGCCACGGAGCUGGAUGCCUGGCUGGCCAAGUACCCACCGUCCCAAGUCACCCGCUACGGGGAGCCCGGCUCGCCCAACUCGGAGCCAGUGGGCUGGAUUGCGGCCUACGGGCGGGGCUACGUCCCCAACUCCGGCGACGUGCAGGGCCUGCAGGCGGCCUGGGAGGCCCUGCAGACGGGCGGGCGGCCCAUCACGCCGGGCACCCUGCGGCAGCUGGCCAUCACCCACCAGGUGCUCUCGGGCAAGUGGCUGAUGCAUCUGGCCCCGGGCUUCAAGCUGGACCACGCCUGGGCGGGCAUUGCCCGGGCCGUGGUGGAGGGCCGGCUCCAGGUGGCCAAAGUGAGCCCCCGCUCCAAGGAGGGGGGGCGCCAGGUGAUCUGCGUGUACACGGACGACUUCACGGAGCGCCUGGGCGUGCUGGAGGCGGACGCCGCCAUCCGCGCGGCGGGGGUCAAGUGUCUGCUCACCUACAAGCCUGAUGUCUACACCUACCUGGGCAUCUACCGCGCCAACCGCUGGCACCUGUGCCCCACGCUCUACGAGAGCCGUUUCCAGCUGGGGGGCAAUGCCCGCGGGUCCCGCGUGCUGGACCGCGCCAAUAACGUGGAGCUCACCUAGGGGGGGACACCCCCCUGCCCUCCUGUAGGGUUG